UCCAUGAAUUUAAAUAUAUUAAAAAGAUCUUACAUUAUCGUCUUAACAAUCGCGAAAUGCGUAUGAUGAUGAAAGCGGCUAAGUGCCCGACGGACGAGCUCAGUUUGUCGAAUUGUGCUGUCAUCAACCGCGAUGACUUUCCAGAGGAUGUCAAGCAUAUCCAGGUGACUACCGCCCCAAAUCAGCACUACGUGUUCACCGUUAGGACACACCAUGAUAUUCACAGGGGAACUAUUGGAUUUAGUUUACCCCAAAGGAAAUGGGCUACAUUAUCGCUCAACCAAGACAUCGAGGUUCGGCCAUAUCAUUUCGAUCCCACGUCUACAUCCGAGUGUCUAUGCACAAUCACCUUGGAAGCAGAUUUUUUGCAAAAAAAAUCUACUACUUUGGAGCCGUAUGAUACGGAGCAAAUGGCCAAGGAUUUUCUCAUGCAAUUUUCAGGGCAAGCAUUUACUGUGGGUCAACAGCUAGCGUUCCAGUUCCAAGACAAAAAGAUAUUAGGUUUAGUGGUUAAAAGUCUCGAAGCAGCUGACCUUUCUGCUAUUAAAGCGGGUCAAGAUACUAAACCUAAAAAGACAAAAAUGGGCCGCUGUUUAGGCGACACGGUGAUCCUAUUUGAGAAAGCAGAGAAUUCUAGUCUAAAUCUUACCGGUAAAGCUAAAGGGAAAAUUGUCCGCCAAUCAAUAAUCAAUCCUGACUGGGAUUUUCAAAAAAUGGGCAUCGGUGGCUUGGACAAAGAGUUUAGUGCCAUUUUUAGAAGAGCAUUCGCAUCCAGAGUGUUUCCUCCGGAGGUUGUCAUACAAUUGGGGUGCAAACACGUCAAAGGUAUUUUAUUGUAUGGACCUCCAGGUACCGGUAAAACUCUGAUGGCUAGACAAAUUGGAACAAUGCUGAAUGCAAGAGAACCCAAAAUUGUAAACGGUCCUCAAGUUCUGGAUAAAUAUGUAGGAGAAAGUGAAGCUAACAUUAGAAGGUUAUUCGCUGAUGCCGAAGAAGAAGAAAAGAAACUUGGACCGAACAGUGGGUUGCAUAUAAUUAUAUUUGAUGAAAUCGAUGCUAUUUGCAAGUCUAGAGGAAGCGUUGCAGGUAAUACCGGAGUUCACGAUACCGUUGUUAACCAGUUGCUAGCAAAAAUUGAUGGAGUUGAACAAUUGAACAAUAUCCUUGUGAUCGGCAUGACUAACAGAAGAGACAUGAUAGACGAAGCUUUGCUACGACCCGGUAGAUUGGAGGUACAAAUGGAGAUUAGUCUUCCAGACGAUCAUGGAAGAUUCCAAAUUCUUAACAUCCACACAUCGAGAAUGAGGGAUUACAAAAAAAUUGCACCUGAUGUCGACUUAAAAGAAUUAGCAAUAUUGACAAAGAACUUCAGUGGUGCAGAAUUGGAAGGUUUAGUGAGAGCUGCCCAGAGUACCGCAAUGAAUCGAUUAAUUAAAGCCUCUAGCAAGGUAGAAGUGGAUCCCGCUGCGAUGGAGAAACUUAUGGUCUCAAGAGGCGACUUCUUGCAUGCCCUUGAAAACGACGUUAAACCGGCAUUUGGAACGAGUGCGGAAAUUUUGGAGCAGCUGUUAAUACGUGGUAUUAUCAAUUGGGGUAAACCAGUUGCCGACAUACUUGCGGAUGGAAAUUUGUACAUUCAAGAAGCAAGGGCAGCCGAAAGUUCAGGUCUUGUGUCGGUGCUAUUGGAGGGUCCACCGAACAGUGGCAAAACUGCUCUGGCCGCACGAAUUGCCAAAAAUUCAGACUUUCCAUUUGUCAAAGUUUGUACUCCAGAAGACAUGGUUGGCUUCACAGAGUCUGCAAAAUGCUUAUCGAUACGAAAGAUAUUCGACGAUGCCUACCGUUCCCAGCUUAGUUGUAUCCUGGUUGACAAUAUAGAGCGUUUACUGGACUACGGUCCUAUUGGGCCCCGAUACUCUAAUUUAACAUUGCAGGCAUUGCUGGUUCUUUUGAAAAAGCAACCACCAAGGGGACGAAAACUAUUAAUUCUAUGUACAACGAGCCGCAGACAAGUAUUAGAAGACAUGGAGGUGCUAUCAGCUUUCAGUACUACUUUGCAUGUGCCUAAUUUAUCGACGCCGGACCAUCUCUUGUCCGUGCUGGAGGAAGUUGAACUCUUCUCGAAGACCGAAAUGGCAUCAUUGCAUGCAAAACUGCAGGGCAAAAGGAUCUUUAUCGGGAUCAAGAAAUUACUAUGUUUGAUAGACAUGGCUCGGCAGGUUGAACCAAACUAUCGGGUACCUAAAUUCCUUUCCAAGUUGGAAGAAGAAGGUGCCCUAGAGUGAGCCUCGUUCACAUGAAUAAUAAAAUGAUUGGUGUAGCAAUCGAUUUGUAGUCAAUAUUCUCAAUUAGUGAGACAAUACAUUAGAAACUUGCAUACUGCCUUCCGAAGAGUUAGUAGAAGGCAGCGAUAACAGGUAUUAUAACUGCAAUGCAUAUCUCAAUCCUUUAAUCUAUGGGCAAAGCGUAGAAUCGUAAAGAGAACGAUUACCACAAAAGAUUACAAUAACAAGAUAGAUACACUCUAUUUCUCUACCGCUAGUGUAUCCGCUAAAACUACUUUUUACCCAAAGACAAGGCAGGUACUUGAAAGAGAAAAGGUUUGAGGUAUAUAACAAGUAAUAGACGACUUUCGAGAUCAUCUUUUCCGUGACCUCGGUUAUUAAGUAAACUAUAUCAAUGACUCGUUUAAAAUGUAUUGCUGUGACUACAAAUUAGUUGUCGUAACGAUUCGUUAAUUGUUAACAAUUAAUCAUCUAUCAGAGAAGAAUAUGUUGUGCGUAACUUUUAGCAUUUCAGAAAUACUGCGAUAGUGGUGAAAUGUUACUUGUCAUGUGUUGGUACGUUACCUCUGUUGGGGCUUCCGCAUUCCUUUUUUGUCCUAUUAAUUAACUGACAGAUUUGUUAGUGUAUUGCAGAGAGAUAGUCAUACCGAUGUAACAGAAAUAUUUAUUCUAAUGAACUGCGAAACGUUAUUGCAGCAAGAGUAGAAAAGUGCUAAGAGGUUGAAUCAGAUCGGUUCUGAAGUCCAGCUGUUCCAGCUAUAUGCUUAUUGCUUAAAUGCACCUUACAGCAAUAAAUGUUAAUUUUCGAGAUAAAAUGUGGAGGGAUUUAGAUGAUUCAACAUGUACGUAAUUCCAAAUAGCGUAUAAGUAAAAAUCAGUAACACUUCAGAUUCCUUACGUUAUUACAAUGUUCACUCCUUCGUUAACUAUUGGUGAGUACAAUUUUUACAUGAAGUGUGUACUGUUUUAAUUAGCAUGCUUUAAUUUGGAAGAAAAUAUCAACGAAGAAGUUCAAAUCAUUUUUCUUAAUAAAUUAUCUACUGGAAAAAUAUUUAAAUUUAUACAACUCGCUGUACUUUAAUUAAAAAAUUAAUGCAUUAAAGGCAACAAUGAUUACAUUACAGUUCCAUGAACACUGUGAUGGCUUGACUAUAAUUAUGGUAUUUUUUUAGAUUUUAAUAAGCCAUCAAACGAAUAUUACAGAUAAACAAUGGCCUUUUAUGUUGUAAUGUAAAAAACGAAUUAGAACAUGUGUUAACAGAUUUACCCUGUAAAAUACGAACCUCCUAUUUUAUAUUUUAUAAUCUUCUUAUAGAUGUAAGUAUCGAGUAUUAUUAACAACAAAACGUGAUAUAAAGGAAGUCCUGGCUCGAUAUGCUUCCUUUUCUAUUGCUAGUGCUAAUAUUCCUUUAUUAUUAGUUUGCAUAACCAUUCCUGUAAUUAAAUACUAUUUGUUUAACGAUCUUUAAACCCAUUUACAACUUGACAAUUAUUUUGUACCUUUUACUUUAGACUUAUGUUGCGCAGUAUGUGUAUACGCAUACAAUUACGAAACACUUAAAUAUUAUAUUUUUUUAGUAUGGAUUGUAUUAUCAUUGUACAAUUUAAUCUUUCUCUUAGGACAAUAUUUGAACGCUACUAGAUCAGUUUUUAUAAUGAAACUGUGCUAUUGCUUGCUAAAAUCUAAUGAUUUCUAUUCUGAAUGUCUGUUUCGCUUCCAAAUGACAAUUAAUCAUUUUUACGUUGCUGCUGUUUUUGUCAGAAAUAUACAAAAUGUAUUUGCUCGUCUUUGUUCUAGGCAUUCCUUUUUGUACUUACGAUGGUCUAACAUGACGUAGAGUAAUAUGCUAAAAGUGGUUUGUUAAUUGGUUACCCCAGAUUUUGUUUAAUACAUUUCAGUUACUAUUUAUCCUACAUUUUUUGUUGUGCCUUCAGUGAAAAUUAUAUAUCGUGUCAUUUUACUUCUAAAAAUUAUUUAUGUAAUGUCCAGACAUGAACGAUAGGAACUGCUUUAAUAGGUGACGCGAAUUUACCAUUAAUACCAAUCCUAAUGCUCAAAAUGUAUUUUAUGUACAAAUUGUAAUGCAGACAUCGCCGUUACUUAUUGCCUUACCUUCGUAGUGGCCAUCAGCUUAUAAAUAAACUUGUAAAAAUGCUCUGUGUAAAAAAGAUGCUACUAUACGAUGUAUAUACACAUCGUUGUCAGCGUUAAUAACAUGUCAAUGUUUGUGAGUGUACUCAAUGUUAUUGUAUCUGUGUUAAAAAUAAAAACCUACGUGUACAAGA